AUGAUGCCUGCGUACUCUGUCCGAUUGAUGGACAUGAAGAAAACUUCCUACGAAAAGUGGCUAACUAGGGAAGUGAAUAAAAACUUCAUGUUGAGACUGAAGGGGAGAAGCAAUGCAACUUUCCGUAGAAAUUCUAGCUACACGAAUGUGUCUAAAAUGUUGUUGAAAGAAGAGCUUAACGUAACGCACCAAUAUAGCAAGUUUCGAUACGUUCCAAAUGGAAUAGCCAUUGUUUCUCCACUUCCCAAGCCCAAGGGUCCCACAAGAGCGGCACAGUAUCUUGUAAAGCACUCUGGACGUGGAGUAAUUAGAACUAUCAGGAGAAACUACCCUCCUAUCAAAAUGGUUUAUUCCGAAUCAGCGCGUUCGAGACGUAUUACUUCAACUGCAAUCAUCUUACAACCGCAUAUGGUGGAGAUGGUAGUGAUUCCAAGUAGAUCAAUCUUCAAGGAAGCUACACGUAACGUCACCGGUAACUUAGCUGGCAAUUUAUUUAAUCAAGUGAGCAACGCCGCUGUUGGCGUUGUUAACACUCGUGGAGUGGCCAAAGGAGUGGUUGAAGGAGUUCGUGCUGGUGUCUUUGGUCAAAAUAUGCCUAACCAGAAAAGAUACUAUAAUGGAAAUGAUAAUUACAGAUAUACUUAUAAUAUGCAGCAAGCACCAAUCAGAACCGACCAUGACCCCGUGCUCGUUUGCCCCCCCCCCAAUGUUAACGGUGUAGUGAAUAUGAAUGGAGUGGAUGGUCAGAAUGGAGGCGAUGCUUACAACAUGAAUAAUCAAGAAGGCUAUAAUGUUGGUGUAAGCACAGUCUGCUCGCCGAUGUGCUCAGUUCUGUGCUAUCGUCACCGCAACUUCACUCGUUUACAAGGAAUUCGCAACAUGAGCACAAUGCCAGAGGAUGCGUGCUUUGUGUGCUACUAUGCCUACGGAGCAUCGGCUGGUCGAGAAUGGUCUGUCAAUCCUGCUAUGCAGUUCAAAGACGACAGUAUCAGCGAUGCUGACCUAGCAUUACUCAACAGGAUCGGGGAUUUGCUAGAUGAUUCUGCUUAUCGCAACUUUACCUGGAUUGGUAGCGGUCUACAAUCUACACUAAGGCAAAGUUGUCCGAAAGAAUCUUCAAUAAAGGUCAUGGUGUUUGUCUAA